UUAAACACUAAAUUAGCGUUAUGAAGACAUUUGAAGAAGAUUUAAUUAUAACGCUAAUCUAGCUUUCAUGGCGUAAGCUUUGAUAUUUUCCACUUGAGGUAUAAAGUUUUUCAUUUACCUUUAAUCGUGCUUUAGCGGCUAGCGACUCGGACUGAACUUAAAGAAGGUUGCUAGCCAGCGUGAAGCUAAAAGGGUUAGUAGGGCGGAGCGUCCAAUCUCACAGCAGGAAUGCACGGUGAAAACUACGCGGAGCUCGGGGGGAGCCUCCCUGCCAUCGCCUCCUUGAACGCCUCCUACUCCACGUCGCUGUCCCUCCCCUCUCCCUACCUACUGGUUCCACCUGCCAAGCGCAAAGCCAUCUCUGACGUUCGUCGAACCUUCUGUCUCUUUGUGACCUUUGACCUCCUCUUCAUCACCCUCCUGUGGAUCAUAGAGAUGAAUAUCUCCGGCACAAUCUGGGGAAACUUAGUGGACCAGGUGGUCAAAUAUAACUUCAGGUCCUCCUUCUUUGACAUAGUUCUCCUCGCUGUGUUUCGUUUCCUUUGCCUACAAGUUGGUUAUGCGGCGUUUCGCCUGAAGCACUGGUGGGUUAUUGCGUUUUCCACUCUUGUCACCACAGUCUUCCUGGUUGUGAAGGUCAUCAUAUCAGACCUUCUGUCCAAAAAUGCCUUUGGCUACGUUUUACCCAUCACCUCGUUCGUGGUGGCCUGGGUCGAAACCUGGUUCCUGGACUUUAAGGUUCUCACUCAGGAAGCCGAGGAUGACAGAGCUUACCUGGCGGCAGUGAAUGCAGCCUGUGAGCGCGCUCCUAUGAUCUACCCCCGCCCCGUUUCAGAUGGACAGUUCUACUCUCCACCUGAAUCUCUAGCAGGUUCAGAAGAGGAUCUGGAUGAGGAGGGUCUUGGUCGUAAAGCUAUCACUGCUCAGGAGAAGGAGUAUGUCAGGCAGGGUCGGGAGGCCAUGUCUGUGGUCGAGCAGAUCCUCACCCAGGAGGACAACUGGAAGUUUGAGAAAAACAAUGACAAGGGAGACUCCGUCUACACUCUGGAGAUUCCUUACCACGGGAAGACGUUCAUUCUUAAGGCCCUGAUGCAGUGUCCUGCUGAGCUAGUGUACCAGGAGGUGAUUCUGCAGCCAGAGAAGAUGGUUCAGUGGAACAGAACUGUUUCCGUCUGCCAGAUCCUGCAGCGGGUUGAUGACAACACUCUGGUGUCAUAUGAUGUCUCUGCUGGUGCAGCAGGAGGAGUCGUGUCAGCGAGGGACUUUGUUAAUGUACGGCGAGUUGAGCGUAAGCGAGACUGCUACAUGUCUGCUGGCAUGGCAACCGAUCAUGAUACCAAACCACUGUGUGGCCGCUAUGUCAGGGGUGAAAACGGUCCAGGAGGGUUUGUGGUUCUGAAGUCCAGCAGUAACCCGUCAGUCUGCACCUUUAUCUGGGUCCUCAACACAGACUUAAAGGGUCGUCUGCCUCGAUACCUGAUCCACCAGAGCCUGGCCGCCACCAUGUUUGAGUUCAUGUCCCAUUUACGUCAACGCAUCGUUGAUGUUCGGCCCUCCCACUGCUCCCAUCACCUCCACACCUAAAGCAUGGAGAGACGGUGCUGCUGUUGGACCUCCACCAGUAAAACUGGUGCAGAGCAACCUUGUUGUGUUCCAGCGCUGAAACACACUUCAACUCUCAGAGCAGGAGACUGCGUUUCAGUCAGACGGGACGUGGAGUUUCGAUCACAUCGUCCUUUUUUCUUCACUGUUACUUUUUUAAAAUGAAAGCAUGAUCACUGACACAUUUUAAUGUGGACGUGGAGCUGCAGUGCACUUUCGCCAGACUCCAAGGCCUGCAUACAGGUGGGAGCCACCCACAGUGGAGCGUUGGGGAUGAACUGUGAGCUGUGUCUUGCACAACAUGGUGUUGUUCAUCAAUUUGCUGCCUUUAAUAAAAGGUUUGUACUGCACUAAGUGUAAACGUGUUUCACCUUUCCAGCCUUCUGCAGCCACAUUCACGACAAACACCUGGGUUGAAGGAUGCUGUUACAAGAGGCGUUUUCCUUCACACUGUGAAACAAGGGGAGCACUCUCCUUCCUGCAGAGGGGGGAAACGUCCUCCCUCACACUACGACGCCAACAUGGAGAACUUGUUUUUGUUUGUUUUCUUUAUCCUUAAAUGCUUUUUUUUAACGGACCCAUGCAGUAAACUGCUUCUGCUUCAUCUUUGUCGGAUUUGAUCAUGAUGUUAGUUUGGACAAGUUCAGAUUUGGCUCCUUAUAUAUUAGCAAGGUGCACUUUUACUACAUCUGCCGAACACUUUGAGUGGCCUUAUGGGAAAAGAACCUGAACUGAAGGUAAAUCUACUGGAGUUACAGAAAAGUGCCUUUAUCGCAAAACCCUCUUAUUUAGCUUCAUUUCAUGCUGUUUAAUCUGCUUUUGUUUACAGUUUUCUUUGAAUAUGAUUUUGAUCUGAUUUGUCAUUUAUCCACUGAAGAAGUUUAUGAAGCCAUCAUACGGACCAGCUAUUUUUACAGAGUCUUAACCAGUGUCAUGUCUAAUAAAACAGAAUCUUAAAA